UGGUCAGCUGACCGCUUUGUUUUGCAGGUCAGAAACCGAACUCGGAGAGAAGGCGAGCGGAGGCUGCACUGGCGCUGCUGGGCUUUACACACAAAUACUGCAUCUGGAACAAAGGCGAGUGUGAGAUUGGGUUUAUCCGGUGUUUGUGCUGUGAGGAGGAGAAACACAGAGCGGAGCAUGCCUUCAGAAAAGACGUUUAAGCAAAGGAGGACGUUUGAACAGAGAGUGGACGAUGUGAGACAGAUCCGAGAGCAGCAUCCCAACAAAAUCCCGGUCAUCAUUGAGAGGUACAAGGGCGAGAAGCAGCUUCCCAUUCUGGACAAAACCAAGUUUCUGGUUCCUGACCACGUGAACAUGAGCGAACUCAUCAAGAUCAUCAGGAGGCGCCUGCAGCUGAACUCAAACCAAGCUUUCUUCCUGCUGGUAAACGGCCACAGCAUGGUCUCCGUGUCGGCGGCCAUUUCCGAGGUGUACGAGCGCGAGAGGGACGAGGACGGCUUCCUGUACAUGGUCUACGCCUCCCAGGAGACGUUCGGGGCGACCGGGGCUCAAUAAACCUCCUCCCGGUUUCGGACACUGAUAUGAUCCCUCGCUCAUGUCCUCCAUCCCUCCCUCCCUCCCUCACGCAGAAGCAGAUGUGAGACGCUGCAGGACCGAGACGGAGACAGACGUCUGUCCUGAUGUCCUGUCCGUUUUGCUGAGAGCUGAUCUCAGAUCCUUCGUUUUACCCAGAUCUGUUCGUUAUAAAUGUAAAGGUUCGCUCGUUUGGUUUUGUUUUGUUUUCAGAACACACUUCAGCUAGCGUUUAGCCUCCAGACGACGGCUAGGCUGGGAACGCGUGUGUUUCCCGUCAUCUUUCGGUCGACAGCCUGUGUCAGAGAUCCGAGUCUGAUGACAGCCGACUUUUUUUUUUUUUAUUAUUAUUAUUGUUGUUACUCCUUUAUUUUACAAUUUUAUCAUAUUGUAAUCAUCACGUGUGGGUGUUGCUUAUAUAAAUGUAUAGCGAGAUCUCCGAGGUCCGGUACGGCUCAGUUUCUAUCAAAAACAUCAAGCGGUUUUAAAUGAACAACUUUUACCGAACCUGUUUAAUUCUCUUUACUCUCGGAUCAGAGCAAAUCUCCGAGCUUUACACUGAUUUGCUAAAUUCAAGCGCGCAGGAUUGUGCUGAUAAUCAGCUGGAAGUUUCUAUCACAAUAUUUUACACAAGAUUUUUUUUUUGUGCAUUCUGAUAUAAAAAGCGAGCAGUCGUUAUGAUAAUCGUCGAUGCGCGUCGCACACACGGCUAGCUGUAGCUACGCAUCGAUCCGGUACGGAGAGAUUGUAUUGAAUCACAUUAUAACGUAUCGUAACGAUAUUAAUCUAAAACACUGCAUAUCAGAUUUGAUUUCAAUCCAAUUCAUAGAGAGUUGUUUUUUUUUAAGAUAUAUAAAUAAUUAAAUGUUGUAGUUUUACGCAUCAUAAAUCCUAAACCGAAUCCUCAAACCUACAAUAAUUUCCAUCUUUACGUUCAUGUUGCAGUUCCAGACCACAGCUUUACAUCCUUUCAAGUUGAAGACAUAUUAACAAUUUUGGUUUUAGCAAGAGGGGGGAAAAAAAAUUGUACUACUUUACUGGGCGGGGCCAAGCAGAGAGCAAAGGUGAAACCCAGUCGUACGAGUCGCAGCUACAAACCGAAAACUUGUUUAUUUGUAAGUGUGUAAAGUGAGCUGACGGUGUGAAGCAUCUUUUAGUUCGUUAACGAUGCACAUUUUACAAAAUACAGAUUUUUAUUAUUAAUUUUAUGUAAAUUAACACCAAAUUAUAUUUUACGAUGUGAAGUUUGAGGUGAAUUUAGCAGCUGAUCCUGUCGUCGUCAUUAUCAUUAUGAAUCAUGAUGUUUCACAAAAGCUGCUGGUUGUCUUGGUUACGGUGAGGCUUUCGGUUUUGGAUCGAUGGGUUCUGAGUCCUGAUGAUGUCAUGGAAAGCUGCGUGACGUGAUCAGGACAUCGUUAUUGCGAUACCGAACCCUAACCCUUCUGGACACGACGUGAAGGUCUUCAGUUUGACUCAGUAGAAUUAUUAUUUUUUUUUUUUAAAUGGACUAGUCUGAUCCGUGGGCCAGUUAAUCUCUGAACACCUUCAUCCUGAUGGCUGUGAAUCACCACGGAAACGUAACGUUGAAUGUUGUGAUUAAGACGUCUGCAUCAGUAACGAGCCUGUUGACGCUGAAGAACCAAAUCUGAGAUCGGAAAUGUUAAAAGGUUUUACAGUUCUGUUUUUCUUCACAUGUUUACUUUUUGUGGGCCACUCAGACAAAUAAAUAAAAAUAAAAUAAUAAAAAUGCCAAGCUGUGUGUGUAUGAACGUAGUUCAGAGAGUCAUAGUGCUGAGUAUAGAUUUUAAAAAAUAAAAAGUGUUUAGUGGAAUGAAGAGCCGAAGCAAAGAAAUGUAAAGGAGCAGGUGUGUGUGUGUGUGUGUGUGUGUGUGUGUGUGUGACACAGCCGACGUCACUGCUUUUCCUCCAUCGCAUGCUUUUUAGAGCUUUAUUUACGCCUUGAUGAACGCGUCCCGUGUGUGUCGCUGUGGAAACAUGACUGUAUCAUAAAAACACUUUAGAUGCCUUUUAUCCUUUACGUUUAGCCUGAAUGUUUUUAUUUAAAUAAAUGUUUCCUUGUAAAAAUGUUCAUAAGCUUUACUUCUGUGUACGGAACGAAACUCAAUAAAAGAGAUUUCAUUGAAA